AUGGCAGCACUCAAGCAACAGCUCACGGCCAUGUUCCCCGACCUGUCGCAAGACGUGCUCGAGGCCGUCAUGCAGCAGCACAAGGGCAACGAGGCGGCCACCAUCGACGCCCUGCUGGCCCUCAAUAACACCACGGGUGGCAAGAACGAGAGCCUGCUCGACCUCAUCAAGAAGGUGGAGCGGAUGGUGGACGGCCGCACCAACGCGCGGCAGCUGGCGGGCAAGUUCGGCCUCGACGUUAUGAGCGUGGCCUGGGAGGACAACGGCCGCUUCAAGGGCUCGUGCUGGGGGCCGUGCAUCAGCGACAUGACCCUCAACGUGCUCGACCACGCCCUCCCGCUCGUGCGCCACCCCAACUUCGAGGACCUCACCUGGGACGUGCCGAUGGAGAAGAUCCCGCUGGUGGUGGGCAACGAGAUCAAGGGCGGCCAGCUGUACACGGUCACGCUCAAGGAGUACCUCGAGAACUUCCGCCUCUACCUCCACAACCCCCAGUCGUGGAAGGGCUCCAAGACGUCGCUGUACGCGGCGGAGAGGGACAGCCAUGCGCUCAUGUCGUCGCAGGCGUGCUUCCUGCCGGUUCCCAAGGGCAGCGACGCCACGUUCAACGUCUCCAUCUUCAACUACCAGUCCUACAGCGGGCACCCGGCCGUGCUGGCCAUCGUCGCCACCAGUCAGGGCACGUCGGCGCAGGUGGUGCAGGACGGUAGUCAGAAGCUGUACUUCAACAAGAGCGGUGAGAAGGCCAGCUUCAUCGGUCAGCGCCUGAGCGACAAUCGCAAGGAACGCGGUGUAGCAACUGAGGGCGAGAUGACCAAGGAGGAGAAGCAACAGAACAUGAUCAUGGUGAUUCAAGUACCUUUGAAGCAAGCACAGCGACCCACGUAUUUCAUGCCACCGAUGUAUGCCUGUGCGUCGGCAGCGCCGAUGUGCGAGAAGCAAUGCAUGAACUCCUCGGAUGCGUACGCAUGUCUGGAAGAGGAGGACGCCGACGUGGAGGACGCCAUCGUCAAGGUGGGCGAGGCCGAGGGUCCCUUCGACGAGGUCGCCGGCAUCGCGAUCGAACGCGAUCCCCAAUUCCCCGUCCGCGUCACCCUGCAGUUCUACAAGUCGACGGCAAACGGAGUGGCUGAUGAGGAGGCCAUGCGCACCAUCGCCGCGCAGAUCGAGUCGUCGCGCAAGUUCGCCGACAACAUCGGCUCGCUGGUGGUCGGCGGCCGCACCGACCGGCCCACUGAGCACAGCGUGCCCAGCCCCGCCGCGCUGCCGAUCUUCGUGCCGGCCUGGUGGUCCACCUUCUGGCUGACCUACGGCCGCACCCUGCCGCAGCUCAACGAGGAGCAGGCCAAGACGCUGGCCUUUGGCCGCGGCGGCGCGGCCAAGUGGGGCCAGUCGACCAUGCAGGGCUCGCAGCACGAGGUGCUGGCCACCCUGCGCGGGCACGCCCAGGCCGCCCUGCCCGAGUGGAAUGUUCUCGGCUGA